AUGUCUCCGCCCUAUUCUUCUGGUAGUAUACCUGACCAGCCUAUCGCUUCUUCCUCGGACUUGUUGCGCCAGCCUAAGCAACAGGACUCUGUCGAUCAAUCGACGCAGGGCUAUUCCUACAAGGAGCUUUGCAAAGUGGAGACCAUAAGGCAGUUUGAAGAAUUGGCUGUUUCGUCAAGGCUUGACCACUUCCACCAUCUUUCUCGCGUACUGGCUAGGCUUCCUUUCUGCUCUAGUAUAUUCGAGGAGCCCAAACGGUUUGACAUAGCGGUGGAGGACUGGAGGAUGCAUGUGGAUGCAGGAGAGUUGACAGAGGAAAACUUUAGAAUACUGCAGGCCGCCACUCAAACCGUCAGCGCAUGGGAAGCAACAAUAUUUGCAACACCGAUCCCUCAACCAGACACGGACAACCUCGAGCACAUGCGGAAGACGAUCACGCGGAAGUUGCUCCUCGCAAUGGGGGACAUCAGCAUGCACGGCCCGUCAGACUUCGCUGAGCAGGCGAUGUAUUUCUCUAACCGCAAAUACAACGUUCAGAGCGCUUGGCUCUCGUCCUUCGUCAGCUUCAUCGGCUUUGACUUCCUGGCCUCGCACCUGGUACUGCGCAGGAUCCGCCAGACCCCUAAGCUGUUCCCGUCCACGCCGCUCCCGAAGAGAGUUGUCAGAGCUUACAGUAAACUCGUCGGAAUGUACCAGGAGACCUACAAUCAGUUCGUCUGGAGUUUGAUGACUGAGAGUGCAACUCAUGGUUGCGACGGCUUGGUCGAUAUGAUCGGGCAUGCGACGAAGCAAAGCAUCUGGUACAUUGGACUGACGAACCUCGGGUGUUGUGCACUCACCUUACGGAAUAUGCUCGGGGGCAACCUGAUAGGUGAAGGCGAGACACUGGUGAAGAAGCUUUGCAAGCGCAUGAAGGAGGAAUGCCAAGGGUGGACAUUGCUCUCGCCCAGCUUCUACAACGGAAAUAAUACCACGGAUUGCUGCCUCCCACUCCUCGUUGCCGCGCUGAUCUCGCCGCUGGCACUUCUUUCCGGACAAGAGCUAUACGGCCAUAAAGGGGCAAUAAUGCCCGCCCUUGUUCCUCUCAUAGUUUGGCCGCGGAUGCCACCGCAUCAGGACCGACCUGAGUGGCUGCAGCAGAAGGAGAACACGGUCAUGAACCUGAUCUUGCGUCUCGCUACCGCUAAGCGCCACGACAACACCAUAAGCAUUGUCAUGGACGCAGUUGAUGAAUGGGCAGCAUACGAUGCAGAACAUCCGCAUAACCCCGACGACGCCAAGUUCUUCCUAGAUCGCUUUGAAGUGAAGACCUCGGCAGCUGUUAAAGCGGUGGCGGGAACAAGCAGCAAAGUCAGCAAAGUUGGACAGGCAUCUCUCGCAAGUGCGAAGGCAAAAGGAAAAGAUGUGACGCCGAGUCUCGCAAAUGAGGCAGCGACACCUACGCCGGUGUUGUCAACUCGGCUUGACGAGGACAUGCAAGACGAGGGCGGUCAGCCAAACGGACCCUCCGUUGACAGCUCGCAGCGGCUAACGGCGGUACCAACAGAGAUCGAGACCAUUCUGGAUGCAGAAUCGCUUCAGGCAGCAGGAUCACGUACGUCUUCCCAAUUCCCGACAAUACUGGGUAAACUGACAAAGUCACAGGCUCUGCGCCAGCAUCGGUCAAGGGCACCGCGCCCUCAGUCGAGGCCGUGUUCUGUUCUGCCCCAAGAUGUCGCGAUGAUGGAUGGUAGGGCGGAGCGGGACCUUGCGUCUGCCGCUCGUACUGCUUCUCCUGCUCCGCUGUCCCCGCCCGCCCCUCUGUCUCAGGAAGGGGAUAGAGAUUUCGAGAUGACCAUCGAUUCUCAAGAUGGUCUUCAGACGUCCACGCCCAUGAAGACGCCACCUCCGCCUGUUUCAACGCCUUUGCUGGCUUCGCCUCCUGCGCCUCCUGCCCCGCCUACGCUGCCUCCUCCGCCCUCUCCUCAUCCUCUGCCCUCUCCUCCUCCUCCUCCUCCUCCUCCUCCUCCGCCUCCUCCACCACCGCCUCCUCUGCCACCGCCUCCUCUGCCACUGCCCCUCCUGCCACGUCUGCCUACACCACCGCGACCAGCUCAGCCUACCACUACUCCUGCGCAGGACUUGAUCCAGGAUGUCAGUGCCCGUCAGACCCUGCCUCCAGAUGAGGACGACGUCAUCGCAACAACACUCUUGGAAUUGCACCUACUCCCUCGUGCGCCUAUUUGUUAUGGUCAUACGACACUAAACAAUUCAAUAAACCUGACUCCUGCGCAUUAUCUCGCAGAUGAUGACAACCGCGACACGGUAAUGCCCGAGGCUGGUGCACCCUCUUCGCCACCACCUGGCCGCCGCUCCCUCAGUGGAGACCGGGCAGUACAGGACCAACGGACGUCAGAGGCAAGCGACGAGGACCUUUCGAUCGACUCCGAUCUCUUGAACCCUCAGAACCAAGUUGGGGGAGAAGGACUGCCAGAGCGAGGGACUCUGGAGCCGGUUGCACAAAAGAAGAGGUGCCGCGAAGAUAGUUCCAACAACGAGCAGGGAAAUCGGCAAGUAGGUGGUGGAGGUAGCGACGAGGCCAGCGAAUCCGGCAGAACAUCGAAGCCCAAGAAGAAGAAGAAGAGGAACUCAGAGGCCGCGCCGCGUACGUCCGAGGCCCCGUCGCAGACUUCACCUGCUGCUUCUUCCAACGCCCCUGCUCCGCCCUCCGCCAAAUACGGUCGCGGGUGCGCUCCUCUUUCGCUUGGCGAGCCCAAGAAGAAGAAGAACACCUCAGAGACCGCGCCGCGUACAUCCGAGGCCCCAUCACAGAUUCCCCCUGCUGCUUCGGGUUCCACCGCCCCUGCUCCGCCCUCUGCCAAGUCUGGUCGCGGGCCCGCACCUCCCAGAUCACGGCAACCUUCAGUCGUCGUCAAGACAGAGGAGAAGAUCACACACGUAAAUGUUUGUGAAGCGCGGAAGAGCAUCAAGCACAGCUGGAAGUCGGCGACAUGGGGUGAGCGCUCUGAUGCCACUCCUCUCCCAGAACCGGCCCAAGUUGCGCAUACUCCUGAUGCAACGGUGGAGGCUGCGAGUGCGGGCGUUAUAAGGAAGACCCUGCGUUGGGGAAGGACAAAAGUGCUGCGGGCAUUGGGAAUGCGCCCCACAGUGAGGAAUCCCACAGAGCAAGAUCCAGCUGCAGUUAAUAUUACUGCUACAACCGACUCGCUCUUGCCCACCCGAAUUCCCAAGCCCCCGACGCGUGCGUCAAAGCGGUCCCGGCACGCAGGUCGCGAGGUCCGAGGAGAAGAGAAUCAGGACAUGGACACCGACACCGAGGAGGAGAGCGACAAAAAAGAGAAUGAGGAUGAGGAACCUCCCAAGGUACCAAAGAGUGCGGCGAAGAGGGCUAGGCGUGCAGGUCGCGAGUUCCGAGGAGAAGACGAUCAGGAGAUAGAUGCAGACCCCGAGGAGGAGAGCGACGAGGAAGAGGAUGAGCAUGAGGAUGAGGAACCUCCCAAGGCCCCGAAGAGCGCGACAAAGCGGGCUAGGCACGCAGGUUGCCAGUUCCCAGGAGAAGAGGACGACACGAUGGACGCAGACGCCGAGGAGAAGAGUGAGGAGGAUGAGGAUGAGGAAGCACAAGUGCAAGUGCAAGAGGACAAGGACAACAAGGACAACAAGGACAACAAGGACGAGGAAGAGGUGAAGGAAGAAGAGCCGGAACCUCUUGAAAGCGACAGGGAUCACAAGGACGACUACGACUCAGACAUCUCGGAUCCUGACGGGUACGAGCCGCCUAAGGCCCCAUACGUGCUUGCCGAAAACGCAAGCAACUCCUCCCCCGUUCUCCUGUACGACGUCGCCGCCACGUUCCCAAAUACUGUGAACUGGAGAGCGCGACAGUUAUUUGGCUCCAUCGACAGGGACGCCCAUGUGUUGAAGAACCUUGCCGUGAGCUCCAUCGAGAAGAGGAUGGAUGAAGGGAAUGUUGUGAUCAUCCGGAAUACGAAGCUCAACAAGGGCUGGAACUACGAUAUGUGCAGCGGAUUGAAGAUUUGCAGUGGCGGCCCAGGCAAUAAGGUUGAAGUGCAAUCUUUUGAGAACCGCCAUCGUCCUACCGGAGUGUUGAACGAGCACGUUCCCCUCGUCGAAGUCAUUCAUCCCGCUCACCGCGACCCGAACAAGGUGUACAAAGUUCUUAAUGCGCCGCAAUCCGUUCCUCUGGUCCAAAUUCCGAGGCAAAGCGAUCUUGACUUCGGCUGGCUGGCUUGGAAGAAUUGGAAAGAGACCGUGGGCGAGGGUCCGGAUGCAGGCGACGCCGAAAUCUUCUUGGACAUGAGGAUCCAAAUCGGUCUGAACUGGGCUAUCGUUUCCCAAGCGCACUCUACGACGCUUGGGCACGUUGAUACGGCGGGUGUGUACACAGCCAUUGUGAUCUUGACAGGUGUCAAGUACUGGGCGAUCCGCAAGACCACGCCUGAUCGCGAAGACUACUUUGACUGCACUGACAUCGACUGGUUCCUCUACUUGAGUGUCCGUGACCUCAAUAGCGCUCCAGGCGACCCCUUGCAAUGGGUGCCCAUUAUACUCUUCCCUGGAGACAUCCUGAUCAUGCCGCCAUGCGCCCGCCACGCUGUGUACACGAUCUCGGACGCCAUGACGUCCGGCAUUCAUUUCUACUUCCCCUCCCAACUCGAACACUCCCUCUGCGGAUGGAUUGUCUCGUUUUUCACGAUCACGCAGAUCAGCAACGCCUCUCACGACGAGUUCCUCUCAAUCUUCCAGUUGUUCUCUACAUUCUACGCACCGACAUUUUCCAACAAGCCGCAGUAUGAGGAAGAUCCAGCAUACCGGACCCGGCCCCACCCCUCGCUCAAGGACAACAACGUCAACACUGUGUCGAAAAAGCCGUACAUAGGGGCGUACUACCACGCGGACCGGCUGGCAUUCCGCGAGAUGUGGAGAGCGAUCGCAAAGGACGGCUACGUGAACGUUACCGGGGCAAACUACUCCGUGAAGAGCUACAAGGACGUCAUCAGGCCCUCCAAAAAGGCAAUAUGGGAUGAUCGCUAG